UAUGAGCUGAUCAGAAGCACUCCAAAGUCGCCUGAGUAGGCCUGAGCCCAUGGCCAGAGGACUCACUCGAGUGGCAAGGUCUCAACACACAUUCCCCACUGCAAGAAGGGAAGGAUUUAAGAAUCAACUGGACGUCUGAGGAAUGGGAAAUGGUACUCCAGAAGAUGCGAAUUGACUACAACGCCUCCGCGAAUGCAUGGAAGAAGAGUCAUCGUUCAGAUGUUAAUACAAGCCGGAGAAAGACUUACAGAAAAGACGGCAGAGCAGACAGACUGCGCAGUUUGUCAUAUUAUCGACGCAACCGAGACAAGUGCUUGGCUGGUUUUCGGGAGUAUCACAUACGGAACCGUGUGCGACGUUCGGCUUACAAGAAGGGAUACUACCAAGAGCGUCGUGAAGAAAUCAAGAAGCAACACCAGACAGCGGAGUGUAUUGACAAUACCGUCUUGAUAUCUAUAUCGGAGACUGGCAAUAUUGUCACAGACAAGGCUCGAGAUCGAGAGAGCUCACGUAGGUACCGGGAAAAGAAUGUCGAGAAGGUUAAGGCUGCCAACCGAGAACGACUGCAAAGACCAGACGGUCCGUUGUUUGGGAGCCAUUUGACUUCAAUAUAUGCUGAUAUGAACUAUACAGUCGAGGAGGCUCGUCGCUUGAAAGCAAAGGCGUACCGAGAAGCCAACAAAGAUGCCAUCAAGGCGAGACGGGACGCGAAGCGAGCGGCGCAGAGCAAGGAGGAAAGAACAGCUGCAGGCAAGAAGUACUGUGAGAAGAGUGAGGACGAUAUUGUGGAGGAAGUGACUCACCUCAAGCCCGAAAAUCCCAAGGUGAAGCAGCAUUUUGAUUGGAUGAAACGUCAAAUCGGAGCCAGGACGCACGAAGAAGCCCCGAGCGCUGAUGAGUUGGAGGAGACUGUCGACCGUGACGGAGUCGAUCCAGAUGUUGACGAUCCCCAAGCCGGUGACAACCCAGGUGACGACUCGUCCGUUUCCGCCCCCAUCAAGAUCGAUGACAAGAAGAAGACAAAAUACUUUGUCUAA